AUGGAGAAGGUGGUCAACCUACACAUAAGGGACACCUAUCUCACUAAAAAGCCUCAGCAUGAAAGACAACAUGCCUACCAAAAAGGCAAAUCUACUGAAACGGCACUAAUGGACCUAGUAGAUCGCAUUGAUAGAGCUAUUGAAGAUAAAGAGAUUGCGCUCUGUGUCUUCCUAGACAUUGAAGGAGUAAAAACUAGAAAGUUUCUUCAGUUUGACCAAAAAUCUUACCCAGUAAAAAAUUUAAAAGAUUUUCGUCGAACAUCAAAACUGAAACUUAUAUCUGCUCAGAAAAGGCAGUCGAAAGAUUCAUUCUUCAAAAGAGCUAAAGAUUAUUUUGUGCUGUUUCUGGAAACCUCAUCUAUUCAUGGACUUAAUCAUUUGGUGGCUGUUGGAAGACAUCCAUUUGAAGUUUUACUAUGGUUAGUGACGGUGGCAGUAUCGCUGUUUGGCACCAUCUACCUCUCCCGUGCGACGUGGAUCAGGUACCAGAACUCACCAACCGUCAUCUCGAUGGACCGAGACAUGUUCGCGUGGAACACGUCCUUCCCUGCCGUGACCUUGUGUCUGGACAUGAAGGUGGAUUCAGACAAACUGAACCAGAUGUUACGAACCACCAACGAAACAGACAAGGACUUGCUUAGUAACUUCGUAAGAAGCCUAGCCAAUGCAACAUUUGAAAAUUUUAACCAAAUACCUGAAUAUGAGGGGAUACCACCAGAGAAGUACAUCGACGUUUUACUAAGCCUGACGCCGAAUUUCAAACCUGUACUGACAAUAGGAGCUUCGGGCAUUAACUUACAAGUGAUACCGACAGUCACGGAAAUGGGAAUAUGUUACGCAAUCAAUUCUAAAGUCGCUAUUUAUAGUUCACCUGAAUAUAUAAAAGCCGACAGAUGGGAUCCCGUGCAUAUCACAGAUGAAGACAUAUUUUACGUUCAUCCGUUAGACGGGGAAGUCUUUGCUCAAGUUAUCAAAAUCCCAAGUGCAUACGACGCUUACAUUCAUGGACCCCUAGAAGUUCCCGACAUCUCAACAAGAUUUCAGUAUUCAGAAGAAGAAUUUUAUUUAAAGCUCUAUGUCACAGCAGUGGCAGUUUAUACAACGCCAGAGGCAGCAAGGUUAACAGUUGGUCAGCGUCGCUGCCGCUUCAUCCACGAGAACAACCUGCCGCACUUCUCCGUGUACACCUACACCAUGUGCCGCAUGGAGUGCAGGAUCCGACUGUGUUUGCAGUACUGUCAGUGCAUACCCUUCUUCUAUAGAAAGAGAGAGGAUGAAAAAACUUGCGAUGUGAAAGGCAUGCAUUGCUUAGCAAAAUACAAAGAUGAGCUAAAAAAUUUGAGGGAUAAUGCUGGAAAAAAGUUAGAUUGUGACUGCUUUCCAAUAUGUGAUGAUGUAAACUACGUUAUUCAAUUAAAUCCUUUGCAAGAGUGGUUCAUGGGUACUAACUUCCAGUGGGGAAUGUCAACGUACCCUAGAUUACGAUAUCGACGAGACAUCAUUUUUGGAUUCACUGAUGUAUUAGUUGCUGUUGGUGGAAUGGCGGGCCUGUUUCUUGGUUGCAGUGUUCUUAGUUUCUUGGAGAUUGUCUACUUUUUGACUCUACAUUUAUUUUUUCAUUCUUUUACAAAGUAUAAAGGUCGUAAUUAAGACGAACACUUAUUAGAUUUUAUAAGCAAGUGUGUUUUAACUGCACAAAAUGAAGUAUUUAAAAUCAUAAUAAUAGUCCAUGCAUUAAUAUGUC